CACCUUUUCUCAACCCAAUAAACAACUCCUCUCUCUCUCUCUCACUCUCAACUGGUGCUGUAGUGAAGGAGGGUGAGAUAAUGGCCGGUUGCAACAGAAGCGAAGAGUAUUUAGCUUCUCAGGAGGAGGCUGCAACAGUAGGGAAAAAGUACGGGGGACUUGUGCCGAAAAAGAAGCCCUUAAUCUCAAAGGAUCAUGAACGUGCCUUCUUUGAUUCGGCAGAUUGGGCCUUAGGAAAGCAAGGAGGAGCUGCGUUGGAUCAGAAGUCAAAAGCAGCCGUAGAGACUCUGCGUCCAAAAUUGCAGAGAACGCCUCAUCAGCAACUCCCUCCUCGGAGACCGGCCUGUACAUCAGGGGUAGUAGAUGUUCAGGCUGACUAAAUAUCUUUGAGGCCAC